AACUUUCAUUUCUUGGUAUUUCCUUGGCUUUGUUCAAGAAAUAAACAAGACUCUCUGCUCUGCAUCUCUCUCACGCGGGCAAUUGGAUAUCAAUGGCGAUGAUGGGAGUGGAAGGCGGAGGCACGCUGUCGGAUUUAUACCAGGGAGCGAAGAGGCAACUACUGAAAGCGAGAGACGGAAUUGAGAGGCUGGAGCGACUUGAGAGCUCGACCUCCAACGGCGGCCUGGACUCACCCGAGCUCUCAUACGCCGUCAAGAAAGAUAUCUCCCAGAUCCUGUCGCUAUGCACCGACAUGGACCGCCUUUGGCGCUCAAUUGCUGCCAAGCCCCAACGCGAUCUCUGGAAGAGAAAGGUGGAACAAGUGGCUGAAGAAGCUGAAUCAUUAAAGGACAGUCUGGAUAGGUACGUCUCAAGGAAUCAGAAACGGAUUAGGGAAGCUCAAGAGAGGGCAGAGCUGUUUGGAAGAGCUAAUGGAGACUCAGCACAUGUUUUAAGAAUUUUUGAUGAGGAAGCACAAGCGAUGCAGUCAGUUAGAAAUUCAUCGAGGAUGUUGGAAGAAUCUUUAUCAACUGGAUCUGCGAUUCUAUCUAAAUAUGCUGAACAAAGGGAACGCCUUAAGAGGGCACAACGGAAGGCUUUGGAUGUCCUUAAUACUGUGGGGCUCUCCAACUCUGUUUUGAGGCUCAUUGAGAGGAGAAAUCGUGUGGAUAGAUGGAUCAAAUAUGUGGGGAUGUUCAUCACUGUCAUUGUCUUGAUUCUCUUCGUGAAGUGGACUCGUUGACCCGACUCUGGUGCUCCAGCUCUACCUUUGGUUUUGUUAGAAUUUACUACAUUCUUCUUCUUUAUGCUUCAUAGAAAGACUAAAGAGGUUGUACUAUAGGCCAACCUCAAUAUACCAAGACGGCCUUCCGCUUUUGGAGACAUGUUUAGAGGCUUGUAUGUUUAGUCAAAACUUAGAGGUACAUAAUUGGCAAUGAAAUAAAUUUCAUUUUGUUGCUGCAAUUCUUGUCAAUGGGCUCGGGUUUUAUGUUAGAUUGUAUUGCUGUUUUUUAUUUGAAGUUGUG